AUGCGCUCCUUCGCCUUCCUCGCUGCCGCGGCCGUCGUGCCCCAGGCUAUGGCCCACUACGUCUUCCCUACUCUCAUCGUCAACGGUGAGCAGACCGAACGCUACCAGUACGUCCGCGAGGCCAAGAAUUCCAACUCUCCCGUCACCGACGUCACCUCCGACGGCAUCGUCUGCAACAUCGGGGGCAACGACGACGAUGUCCUCGCAAAGACCCAGACCAAGGCCGUCAACGCCGGUGAUGAGGUUGGCUUCAUCGUCGAGAACGACAUGGGCCACCCUGGUCCCCUCGCCGUCUACCUCUCCAAGGCCCCCUCCGGUGUCGCCUCCUACAAGGGUGACGGCGACUGGUUCAAGGUCUACGAGCUGUCCACCUCCAACAUCACCGAGGCUGGUCUCCAGUGGGCCACCUACGUCAACAACGCCGGUAUUCACAACUUCACCUUCACUCUCCCCAAGGAAGUCCCCACCGGCGAGUACCUGAUGCGCGCUGAGCACAUUGGCCUCCACGGCGCCGGCACCAAGGGUGGUGCCCAGUUCUACAUCGCUUGCGCUCAGAUCUCCGUCACCGGUACCUCCACCGAGACCCCCUCGCCCGUCGUCAAGUUCCCCGGCGUCUACACCGGCGAGGAGCCCGGUCUGUUGAUCAACAUCUACUACCCCGCCCCCAAGAACUACACCGUCCCCGGUGGCCCCGUUGCCUUCUCCGGAUGCGAGGACCACACUGCCAACCUUCUCGGCCAGACCUCCGACGGUGACUGCACUGGCUCCGAUGGUGCCACCACUCCCACCACCCCCACUACUCCUACCACCCCUUCCACUUCCGCCGCUCCCUCUGCAGGCAUCCCCGACUACAACGGCGGCAACAGCACCAGCCCCGCUGAGCCCUCUGCUGCUCCUACCGCUGCCGCUGGCGAGGGUGACGACUGCGAGAAGUCUGCUGCUCGCCGCCGCGUCCGCUCCAUGCGCCGCAAGCUUGCCCGUGCUGCUUCUUUCUAA